AUGUCAGGAGCAAAUAGAAUUCAAGCAGAAGGUGUUAUCAAAAACAUUAUUCGAGAAAUUGUUCAAGAAUGUGCAUCGCGCGGCGAGGGUGUAUCCGAAACCCUUGUUGCAUUUAUCAUUAAAUCUAUCGUGCUAGAACCACAAAAUGAUUUUCAAGUUGAUCGCGUACUGGCAUCAGAAGAUGUUCAACGUCUUAUUGAUUUAUGUGUAAAAAGAUUGUUAGAUUCCAAAUCAGCAUCAUUAGAUACAAUCAAAAUGCAGGUGUAUUUUGAUAUGAACUAUACGACACGCGAUGAAUUUUUAACUGAACAUCGUCGUGUGUUACAAUCACGAUUGCAACCGAUUCUAAGAGAAAUAACGGAUAAUCGAUCAACCACAAAAGAAGAACUAGAAUCAUUAUAUCGUAAAAUAGUAUCGAGUGUGUUACUUCGCUCGGGUCUCGGCUCACCAACCGACAUAUCGGUUGUUAGAGAAGCAACAGCCGCAUUACAGAGUGUAUUUCCACAAACAGAAUUAGGCAAUUUUUUAAAUUUAUCAAAACGUGACAAAGAUCGACAACUAGUAGAAUUAACUCAGAUUGUAACCGGAAUACGUUUAUUUAAUAAAGAAUGUGGAAAAGGUGGUGAAGGCAUUGAUAAUCUACCAGCUAUAUUAAAUGAAGCCAUACCAGCUACUCUAAAAGAAAUUCAACAACAAACGGAUGAUGCCAUUGAUUCAAGUGAAAAAUUAAUAUCCGUUCUGGAUGCUAUGAAUGCAUUACAACAUAAACAAUUGAGUAAAGAGACACCACGUAAACGCAUACAAGAGUCAAUGAUCAAUUCAAGACAAUUAGAAUUAUAUUUAAAAAUAUUGUCAAAUGAUGUUAAACAAAGUGCACGUGAAGUGGAAGAAUUAUUGCAACAAUUUAAAUUUCGACUUGAACAAUUAAAAACGACAAUACAAAAUAAAACAGCAGUACCAACUGCUCAAGUUUAUCCUCAAUUUAUGCAUUUAGCAUCUAUUUGGUUUGGUUUUCAAGAUGAAAUGGUUUUAUUAAGUGUAUUGAGUAAUAUAUUGUACAGUUUGGAACCGUAUACUCUAAAUACAAAAGAACUAUUGGCGGAUGAUGCAGUACGAAAAUGUUUGAAUAGAAUAACAGAUAAGCAAAGACAUUUGGUAAACGAUAAUGAUGUUAUUGUUCAACCAGAAGAACGAAAUGCUGACGGUUCAUGGUAUUACAAAGAAACAACAAAAAACUUCGAUAAAUUACCAUUGAUGUAUAAAGGUUUUUGUGCUUAUCAUUUGGCAUUACAAGAUUUUAAAUUGAUUCAUGGUGAUACACGUAUUGGUAUUGUUCAAAUAAAUGAACGUUAUUAUGCAUUUACUGAUCCAAAAGCAGCCGUCUUAUUUUGUCGUCAAAGUCAAAAAUUUAUUGAAAGUAUUGCGAAUAAUGCGAAAUUAAAUCCCGAAUUAAUUCAACUACUUGAUUUACAUAAUCAAUUUACAUCUGUUACACAGUAUGGAGAUUUGGCACAUGUAUCGGCAAAACCACAAAUGAAAGCCGAUUGUGGUGUACAAACUGAUACUCACUUUCAGGAAUCAAAUAUUGUCAAAGGUUAUGAAUGGAACGAAUGGGAAUUACGUCGUAAGGCAUUAAAAUUAGCUAAUUUAAGAAAACGUUUAACAAAAAGUAUACAAACAAAUUUUAGUAAUUUUCGUCGAGAAAAUGUUACGCAAGUUUAUUUACCAAAAGAUCAAUAUGUACAAACAAAACGUGACAAUUAUUCAAACGUUCCACAACCAAAAAUUUAUCUAAGUGGAUUACGUGGACAAAAUCAACGACAAGAAGAUGGUUCGUUUCUGCCAGCAAACAUGAGAAAAAUUGAUUUGACAGCUGAUAUUGAUCAAUAA